UCAGCGGAUAUCUCUGGCAGUGGGAAGAGCGACACUCGUUCUGCAGGCGCAUCUUUCUGCUGCGAUUGAGAGUUUGUUUAUAAACAAAGCCUCGUUUCUUUUAUUUUUUCCUUCGAGCUGGGUUUUAAUCAAGGGCCAAAAUUCGUGUCAAAAAUAGAGCUCCACUUCCCGUCCUCAGGAUGGAUGCACAUCCCGAGUCGGAUUGUGAACAACAAAUGCCAGAAAAUUUCUCGGCGAAGGAAGAUUCGGGAGACAAUGCAAUAAUAAAAUCUCCGUCCAAUCCGGAAGCGGAGGAGGAACAGCGACUGGCCCAGCACGGCGGUGAGUCCGAGUUCGAAUCCGAAGGCGAGGAAGAAGAAACGGAGGACCUAUCGCCCGGAGUGACCGCCAUGAGCCACCUGCACGUCUCCGGCCAGGAACGACAGCAGGAUUCGGAGACAAUCAUUGCCCGGAUCAAGCGGCGGCAAGAACAGGAGCAACUGAAACAACAACAGCAGCAGCACAUGGAGCGAGAAUACAUGGCGCACACAGAGAGGAUGAUCCGAGAUGAGAUGGGCUACCUGAACUCGCCGGAGAGCAACCACCACCAUCCGGCGGGGAAUGGCAGCAGCAAGUCGGCGACGCCGUCUCCGACUUCUCCGCCGCCGACGCAGUACCUGUAUGCGGCUGGCCAUCCCUUCAGCUCGGCACUGUUCAAUCCCUCGCAGAUGGCCGCUGCUGCUCAGGCGGCGGCCGUCGCGAUGGCCAAUGCCACCGCUGCCCACCACCACCAGAUCCCCCCCAUAAGCGCGGGAUCUUCGUCUGCAGGAUCGGCGACGCCCCCCAACAACGGCAUCGGAAGCAUGUCGUCCCCGAGAGGAGCAGCCGGAGAGGGAGACCAGUCAAAGUACACUUUUGAGGAGCAGUUCAAACAGUGGAAUCAUCCACCAUCUAGUGAAAGAAUGAAUCAUGCAACCAAUGUUCAUGAGUUGUAUGAACUCAGUGACGACCCUCGAAGGAAAGAAUUCUUAGAUGAUUUAUUUAGCUACAUGCAAAAGAGAGGUACACCUGUUAACCGAAUACCCAUUAUGGCGAAACAGGUCUUGGAUUUGUAUGAACUUUAUAGAUUAGUGGUUGCACGAGGAGGUCUAGUCGAAGUUAUCAAUAAAAAAAUUUGGAGGGAAAUCACAAAGGGUUUGAAUCUCCCAUCCUCCAUAACAAGUGCAGCCUUUACAUUGAGGACUCAGUACAUGAAGUACUUGUACCCGUACGAGUGCGUGAAGGAGAAGUUGAGCACAAACGAGGAGCUGCAGGCGGCCAUCGACGGCAACAGAAGGGAGGGCCGCAGGAGCAGCUACGGACCUUACUCGGACCUGGUGACGGCCCCGAGGAACUCCCACCAGCCCCCGCUGUCCUCCCACCCCUCGCCCCUGAGCAUGAUGCCCCGGCACAUGAACGGGCAUGGCUCGAACCCGGGACUCCCGUCUUCAGGUAGGGGUUCCUCGGCCUCGCCACUUCCUCUGACAUCUUACUACCCAUCGCACAACAGCACGCAUCUGCCGCUUAACUUGGCACCCUCGCAAGAGAACGGCAUGUACAGUAACCACGCACUCUCAUCAGAAUCUAGAUUAGACUUACUCUCUCCUGAGUGGGAUAUGCAUAUGGCUAAAAGGAAUGGUUACUCUCCUUCAGGUGAAGAGGACAACUGCAACAGUAUCCCGUCCACCCCCAAUCCCAUAGUGAUGCCACAGCAAGAAGCACUGAAUCUGGAAGUGUCUCGAAACUCAUCAGCGAACGAUCAAAAACCCCUCAACAUGGCCUCGAGGAAUUCUCAUUCAGAUUCGAAACCUCUCAAGAGACAACCUAUGGAUGACACCGAGGACCUGAGAACAACCUCCAAAAGGUUGCUCAUUGAAGAGGAGAGGAGAUCCAGCAUGCCCAGUACUCACAUCAAGAUCAGCAACAACAGAGGUCCAGAUGGCCGACCGCAGUCUGACGGUUCUUUGAGUGUUAGCAUGGAGGUGAACGGCAUCUUGUACACAGGUGUUCUGUAUGCCUCUACUCAACACAGAAGCCGUCUUUAACCGACGAAUCGUCACAACUGCCUUUGGUGCCUUUUUAAAAGACUUUAAACUGAAGUAAACAAACCACAAUGGUGAAGUAAUGAUACACACAUACACAGAACAGCGCAUUUUCUUGGAUUCGUGAUAAUCUUAUCAAUGAAGCAGCUUUUGCCAAACUUCACUUUUUCUUCUGAUAUUUAAAAAGAAAAGAAAAGAAAAAAGAAAAAACUUCCGAUGAUGGAGGUUUUAUCAUUUUUUUUUAAAUAUUCGCAUCCUGCGAAGCGAUGAUUUAACAUCGGGCAUCAACUGCUGACAUGUCUUGAAGACAGAGGACCUGAUGAAUCAACCCUUCUUGAGCUGUAGCCAGUACUGAGCAGUCUUUGAAAUAUGUCAUGCCCGAUAUCUUUGAUCAAAUGUAUAUUUGAACUUGCAUGAAAACUGCUUUGCGUUUAUUGUACUUUUUAUCAUCGUUGACUUCCCAAUCACAAUAAUAAGGUCAUCUAGAGCAUCAGUGUAAAAAGAAAUACAACAUCCUAUUAGCAUAAUUAUAGUAAAUAUUGAAAAUGUAUGACAAGUGACAUAUUAAAAUGCAUCGACUGUUUUAAUUUUGAUUUUCAAGUGAAUAAUAUCACCCGGAAUAUUUGAGUGUUUUUAACAUUCGGAUUUUAAUUAAGUUUUCUUUAAAGCUAAAAGUCUUUUUUUAAAAUGUUUUAAGGAAUUUUGCUAUGUGAUAACAUUUUAAUCAAAUCUUUUUUUUUUUUCACUUUGUACAAGAAAAUUCAUUAAUGAAUUAAGUUCACUGCUAAUUUACGAUAUAUUUUUUAGAAAUAUUAUAUAUUUCGCUGCAUUUUAAUUUUGAUCAUGCUAAUAUUGACUUUUAUGCUUUGAACUGGUAUUUGGACUUUGUCUAGUUUUAAAUAAACUAGCCAUCAUAAAAGUUCAGAAUGAAAUUUGUUCAAAGACAUAUUUGAUAUUCUUUAUUAUCGAUAUUUGGUUUCUUGUAAGCGUUAAUUAUUUUUAAGGAAAUCAUAAAUAAUUGAUUAAAUUAUUAUAACACUUUUAAAAAAGGCCUUAAAACUUUGAAUUUUCAUGAUAAUUUCAUUCAUUUGUGUGAUGGGACACAUGGCUGAUAUCUUUAUUUUCUUAUGUCUGUUUUAAGCUGCUCUCGGAGGAUUUUGUCACUCAGAGUUUUCCACUUCCUCUGGUUAGUUCCUUGUUCAUGUAUUUAUUUUGUGUUUCAGUGAUGUUUUUGUGUCUGCUGCUGAAUAUGUGAUCUCUGGAUGAUUAUGUUAGUGUGUGUGAUUUUUGCAGCUGUGCAGAAUCUCAGGGACUGAUUGAUUAUUUUUUUUUCUGUGCAGCUAUAAAUGUCUUUAGUUUAAUGUUUAAUACAUUUUGUCCGUAUUUAUUUUACUUAUGAAUUGAUUUUGAAAACAGAUCAAAGAUGAGAAAUUUAACUCUUGAGUUGGGCAUUUAGUACGCUGUAACUUUUUUUUAAACAUGCAAUUUUUUUACCCCAUGUUUUUUUGAUCUGAGAAUACCCCACCACCACCACCAAAAAAAAUUUAAAAAAGUGAAAGUUUAAGUAAAUUGUCACAAAUUCGAGAGAAAAAAAAAAAGAACAGAUCUCUUGAUUCUGUUGAAGCAUUCUAAUGCUUUUUCUUUUUUAUCAUCAUUAUUAUUAUUCUUUUCUUAGGUAUUUUGAUAUAAUUGCUAAUCAUUUCUGUGAAUUAAAUAAUUAACCUGCUUUUACACCCAAACAGCACAAUGUAUUGCAACAUAUUGUGCAAUAAUCUGCAACUUUCCCAAUUUUGCACAGUAUUCUGCAAUAAAAAAUAAUUUUUAUUUCCAAAAAUAAAUAAUAUUUUUUUAUUUAAAUAUAAUUUUUACCUAAAAAAAUUGCAUUAGUUGAGAUCAUAUGAAGCUUUGAUUGCUCUCAUUUUGUUUAGAUUCUCAACACGUUUAAAUUCAUGUUGCACACUUGUGGGAAAUAAUAUUCUUAGCAGUAAAUAAAUUAUUUCAUGAUAGAAUUUUUUCACACACAAGGAUUUAAACUAUUUAUUUACUUAAUUAUACUAAAUGCUUUUUCCCCUCAAAAACUAUUAUAAAAAAAUCCACAUUCUUAGAAAUAUUAAUUUUUAAGGAAUCUACAGUC